CGCAGUUUGUGGGGAUUAAUGUCUCACAUUCUCGACCACAUGCUCUCAGCACUGAGCUGUUUGCUGAAUUAAAGUCUGAAUAAAAUGAGUUUGAUCUCGGCGGAAACGCAGCAGGAAGAAAAGCGCGAAGCAGCUCAACUAGAAGACUUUCUGGACUAAAUUACCCGCUUGUAGAGCUGUGUGUAGGUCGCCUCCAGUGGAGAACCAAAAAGUACCAGGAACUUGUGGGGCUCUGUCAAUGCCCCAGUCCCUGCUGCAGGAUGGGUAACUUUUCCAGCAAAGAUGUUCAUGGGCCAACAGGGGUGCAUUUGGAUGGUUUCCACACUCCUCCUGCUUCACCACAGACGGAUGUGUCUGCUUUUGUGUCCAAUGUUCCUCAACUCCUUCAGUUGUCCUCGCCUCAUUCCUCUCCUGUGGUCCAGGCCUCAACAACAGCUACCAUUCCAGAUCUCAGACGCAGUGGAAAGAAAUCCCAGCAUAGUACAAGUCCCCCUCCUCAACGGACAUACUGUCCACCAAGUGUCUCUAACAGGUCUGGACGUCUUGCAGCAGCCACGGGACAAGUUGAAUUUGAGUGGAGUGGAGGUUCUCCUGCUCUUACCUCCACCCUCAGGACUCCAGUCUGUCAGGGGACGACUGCAUCCAUCAGCCCGGCAAAGACGUCCGACUCUUGUAGUAGCACCUCAACAGUGAUGCAGACUGAUUGUUCAGAACCAACCGGAGGAGGACAGGACGGUGGUCUGAGUCAGCCGGCUGAGGCUGGAUGGGGGGAAGAGCUGGAGAAUUUGCUGGACGAGUUUAGAACCGUGUUGGGUCUCACCAACAGUCAGGACGGCACCAUGAACACAGCAGAGAUACUGAAACAUCUGCUGACUGAAGUGAAAAGUUUGAAGACUGCGUUUGAGACAGAACGUGGGGAAUGGGUGCAGUUCCAGGCUGACCUGCAAGUGGCGGUGGCAGUGGCAGACCGUUUGAGGGCUGAGGCUGAAGAAGAGCUGGCAGUGCUCCGUGCGGCGCACGAGAACGUGGUGCGGGAACUGUCAGCUGCGCAGCAGAGACUGAAGGAGGCUGACCUUCAGCUCGUCUCACUGCAAGGAGAGCUGAAGGUCAGCAGACAGAGACUGCCCGCACUCAGCCAACACAAAACCCAUGCCCAGGAUCCAGAGUGGUCCAACAGAGAACCAACCAAUACCUGUGAGGUCAAAGACGGGACGCCGAGGGGUCAGAAGACAGGGACGCACAGGCCAGUGCCAAACAGGACGGAGAGUCAGAGUCCAAGGAUGAAGGAUGGAGUUAAAGAGGAGGCCAGGACAGACGGUGAAGGUUUGGGUAAACACUACCUGAGAAAUGGGACCAAUGGUGAUGGGAGGGGAGAUGAGGUGCCGUCCAGUGAGACACAGAGGAAGUCAGCCACAGAGAGGUCAAGAAGCCUGUCCAGGUUGCCCGUGUCCUCAGACUUUUCCACCAUACAGAAUGGAACGUUCCAGUCCAACAAGACUGGAACAGCUGUGUCUUCAAACAAGAAUUUUGGACAACUCAGAGGACGAAGAAACAGCGACCGACAAGAUAGCGGGUCGAGCACGGACACAGGAAAACAAGAAGAGUCUCUGAACAGGUACAACACCGCCCUCAGUGAACUGCCUCAAACUAAGUCACAGGACGGCUUCAAUCUGCUGUUGCGUCGUCAUGGGGGAUCAAAAAGAAACUCGCUGCUCCGUUGGUGCCAGAGCCGAACCCACGGCUACCAGAAUAUUGACAUUACUAACUUCAGCAGCAGCUGGGCUGAUGGUCUUGCAUUCUGUGCCGUCUAUCACACCUACCUCCCCUCGCACAUCCCUUAUUGCACACUCAGUCCAGAGAACAAGCGGGAGAAUCUUAGUUUAGCCUUCAAAACAGGGGAGACUGUUGGGAUUGUACAAUCCUUGACUGUAGAAGAGAUGCUGAGAGCAGGAGGACCUGACUGGCAAAGAGUCCUGAGCUACGUAGAGAACAUCUACCGCCACUUUGAGAUGUGACUGCUGGAGGUACAAACAGAUCAUCCCACAGUGCUUCCAUCAAGACUGAUCCGAGGAAAAGCUCUGAAGUGGAUCUUCACAGUGACUGAAAACCCCCCAAAAACCAGGUGUUACGGCUAGUGAGAAUGUGAUUACGCUCGUGAUUUUACACCGUAAAGAUGUCAAUUGAGGGAUUUUGGACAACAAAUGCAAUGUUCUGAUCAUGUCUUCGGAUACUUAGAGAUUAGUUGUUGCAGAUGAAGAAUCAAACAGUUGCAUGUUGUAGUGUUUUGGGUAAAGGUUAUCCCCUGUCUGAUAUCAGAGGAUGUGUAGGUAACCUCUUUGAAGAAGCUAACGUAUGUACAGGUUGAGUUAGUGUUAAAGUCUGCGCACUGGUACUUCUUCAUAUCACAGUGUUGAGCGCAGAUCUCAAACUCUACCUGCUUUUAUCUGCUGUCAUCUUCGUCUGCUUUUUACACCGCGGCGGGCAGAGCUAACCGAAAAGCUAGCUUUGAUAACUGCUAAUCCGCUAACUGAAAAGUUAACUUGCAGUAAUGCUAAACUAAUAAACUGGUUUAAAAAAAUCAAUUUCAUUCACUAUCAAACAUCACUUUACUAGUUUAACAACCACAAAUACGGUGACGGUAUUCAGUCAGACCGUUAUUAGAUCCACUGAUUGCUGUCCCUGCCCGAAAAGUGAGAUGGGAAGCACAGCUAAUGCUAAUUCUGGAUAAUGCAACAGAAAGAGCUGCACAAGUUUUUUCAUCACAAAUGUAAGAUCACUGGCCAACAAAUUGGAACAGCUGGAACUUACCAUAUCUGUGAAGAAAAACAUACUGGACUGCUGCUGCGCUAAGAUUAGUAACUGUGGCUAAGCUCAGUGAUGCUGGGAGAGGCUAACAGGCUAGCACUGGGAUGCGCAGCUAACUGCUACAGCAGGAAAGUACUCUGGUAAGCACAGAGAAUGACUUUAUAGAGGGUUUUCAUGUGACGUAUCAGUCACGUCACUUUGUGUCCCGCGGCCAUUCUGGAUUACGACGCGGUGGCCGCUGUGAUAUGCUACGUGCAUUUGCCGAACAACUGCACAAGCUUCAACGUCGACGGUGUGAAGAAGCCUCACGGCACCGUGGCGCUGAGAGAGAUCCGCCGCUAACAGAAAUCCACUGUUACCAGAAUUUAUCUUAUUUUAUUCGGCAAUUAAGUUAUAUAAGAAUACAUAAAAA